GACCGAUUGGAAAGCACGUGUACUCGUGUGUGUCUGGAGUCAUGGGGAAACAAAUCUCUAUCACACAAUAGCAGCGCAAUGCCAGUGGACUGCAGAUGCUAAAACGUCGUUUUCAUGUUCCGUCGACUUCAUAAUACCAGGGAUACAUUGUAAUACUUUUCCGACAUAGGAAAAUUUGUCUUCUGGUUCAAGAGAAAACGGAGCAGCAAGACUCAGAAGUUGUUCUCCGAGAAGAGAUAGAGUGACACAGAGGGCAAAGAGAAGACCGAAUGGACAGAACCCAAGGAGCCUAAAUUCCCAGCGGCUGUUUUUUUUUUUUGCACUUUCUCUAGCAUUGUCAUACUCCAUCUGGCUCUGUGGUAGCAGCCAAGUCUGUUUCGUAACAACCAGUCCUGUCUGUUUUUCUGAGAUGAACAACGUUUUCUGCUGUUAACAAACAAUUUUACAUUUGCACUACUUGGUUUGACCAGUAACUGCUUCCAGAGGAGCGAAAGAACAAAGGACGGGGUGCCGAGACACCCGGAUAUACCAUGAUUCUUGUUUGCGGAAGAAAUCUGUGAAGAAUAUUUACACCAAAAUGAUUUCCCACUGUAGUUCAAGCAGUCCAACUUAGUGAACUUAUUCAACUCUGUGUAAUCUAUUAUCAGGUGAAUCUUAUCACCUUGGCAACCGCCUAUUCGUACAGUAUUAUUAUGAGUGAUGACAACUCAGACUCCGCCCCCAGCAAUGAUACAGCUAGAGGAGCAGGAGGAGUUGAGAAAAAGGCAGGGCUUGUAAACAGAUCCUGCGGCAUGAGUGAGAGCUCUCCCUCAUCGAAUCCGGUGAAUAUCAAGACAGGAGGGGCAUCUGAUCCCAAGGGACCCACAGGUGACAACCGUGGGACAAAUUCCGAUGAUACGGAUGGACUAUCAAGCGGAAAUGACUCUGGGGAGAGGGAAAGUGAAGGUGGAAUGGAGAGAGGCAGCGGAUCCAGAGGGAGACUGUCAAACCGAAGUUAUCAGAGUUCCUCUAGUCAGAAUGGAAAAGACUCGGCCAUGUGUCUGGAGACUACGGAGAGCAACAAGAGCUCAAACUCGCACAGCCCUUCUCCACCCAGCAGCUCUCUGGCUUAUAGUCUGUUGAGCGCCAGCUCCGAACAGGACCCGCCGUCCACCAGCGGCUGCAGCAGUGAUCAGUCUGCUCGUGUCCAGACACAGAAAGAGCUGAUGAGAGCCCUGAAUGAGCUGAAGAUCCGCCUGCCACCAGAGAAAAAGAUGAAGGGGCGCUCCAGCACCCUUAAUGCCCUCAAAUAUGCCCUCAGCUGUGUCAGACAAGUCAGAGCCAAUCAGGAGUAUUAUCACCAGUGGAAUGUUGAGGAGUGUCAUGGCUGUAGUCUCGAUCUCUCCACCUUCACUGUUGAAGAACUGGACAAUAUCACUUGUGAAUACACACUCAAAAAUACAGACACGUUUUCCAUGGCGGUGUCGUUCCUGUCAGGGAAAGUUGUGUACAUCUCACCGCAGGGCUCAUCUCUUCUGCGUAGUAAGCCAGAGAAGCUGCAUGGGGUUUUGUUUUCUGAGCUGCUGGCCCCUCAAGAUGUGAGCACCUUCUACAGCAACACCGCACCCUGCAGACUGCCGCCAUGGGCCUCCUGCAUCGGCUCUGUCUCUCCACCAGUGGACUGCACCCAAGAAAAGUCCAUGUUUUGUCGCAUCAGUGGAGACGUCUCAUCCGGUGGUGAUGUAAAGUAUUACCCGUUCAGACUGACCCCCUACCUGCUCACACUACGAGACUCUGACAUGGCUUACCCACAACCCUGCUGUCUACUCAUCGCAGAGAGAGUGCACUCAGGAUAUGAGGCCCCUCGCAUUCCGCCGGAUAAGAGGAUAUUCACUACCAGUCACACCCCCAGCUGUCUCUUUCAGGAGGUGGAUGAGCGGGCAGUUCCUCUCUUAGGGUACCUGCCUCAGGACCUGGUGGGAACCCCAGUGCUGCUGUACAUCCAUCCAGAUGACAGACCUAUUAUGGUGGCCAUCCAUAAGAAGAUUCUACAGUUUGCUGGGCAGCCGUUUGAACAUUCUCCCUUGCGGAUGUGUGCACGUAACGGAGAGUAUCUGACCAUUGAUACCUCUUGGUCCUCUUUUAUUAACCCCUGGAGCAGGAAAGUGGCCUUCAUUGUUGGACGCCACAAAGUCAGAACCUCUCCACUGAAUGAGGACGUCUUUACGCCGCCGAGGGGUCUGGAGGAGCGAACCCUGUCCCCAGACAUCCCUCAGCUCAGUGAGCAGAUUCACAGGCUCCUGGUGCAGCCCGUCCACAACGGCAGCUCUCAGGGCUACAGCAGCCUGACCAGCAACGGAUCCCACGAGCACCAGCCCAGUGCCGCCUCCUCAUCAGAAAGCAGCGGGCCGGGUCUGGAGGACCCCUCACAGUUCCACAAACCAAUGACCUUCCAGCAAAUCUGCAAAGAUGUUCACAUGGUGAAGACCAGCGGACAACAAGUCUUCAUUGAAUCCCGCAACCGACCUCCUCCUAAAAAACAUACCACAGCAGGUGCUUUGCAAGCAGGUGAAGCAGCAGAGCCCAGCAGCAGUCUCUGUCCUAGCGCUGCUCCACCCUCGAAGUGCUCCGUACCUUCCCUGAUCGUGCCGAAGGAGCCACCCACCACCUACUCUUAUCAGCAAAUCAACUGUUUGGAUAGCAUCAUAAGGUAUCUGGAGAGCUGUAACAUCCCGAACACGGUGAAGAGAAAGUGUGGCUCCUCCUCCUGCACUGCCUCAUCCACAUCCGAUGAUGACAAACAGCAGGACGCUCCAGGCAAUGCUAAAGAUAUCGUAAUGGAGGACGCACCUCCUACUCCAAAUGCUGCUGCUCCUGCCACUCAACCCCAAGCUCCUCCCACAGCCACGCCCUCUCUGCCCCCUAGCCCUGCUCCUGAUAGGGAUGCAGGAAGAAGAGGAGGUCCAGGAGGAGCAGGGGCAGCUGGAGGAUCCAGAGGAGGAGAAAUGUUGGGUCUCACGAAAGAAGUCCUGUCGGCUCACACACAGCAAGAGGAGCAGAACUUUAUGUACCGCUUCAGAGACUUGAGCGAACUCAGAGUGUUUGACCCAGCCUCAGCUGUGCGCCAGCGAGCGACCGCACCCUUAGCAAGAGGUGUGCGCUGCUCUCGUGAUUACCCAGCAGCAGGUAGUAGUGGUCGUAGACGCGGUCGAGGAGGCAAAAGACUGAAGCACCAGGAAGCCUCAGAGCAAAUGGGGUCUCGUAGCUCAGCCGGCCCACUAAGAGGUCUCCGUCCGGGGGUUCCCACUCUGGACAGGCCAUCUAAUUCCUCCAUACCCAUGGGUCCUGUAGCCAGUUCCUCUUCAUGGCCCACCUCAGGGUCACAAGCUAGCGUUCACUCUGUCCCGUACCCACCCGGCGUCCUUCCUUUAUUUCCUGUCUAUCCCCCCUUCUCCCAUCCCAUCUCAGACCCCAGCAUACAGGCGGGGCUACGCUUCCCCCUUCAGAACUCACAGAUGGUGCCUCCCAUGGUGCCCCCGAUGAUGGCGUUGGUAUUACCCAACUACAUGUUUCCACAGCCCAACAUGGGCAUUCCUCAGCCCUUUUACACCCCAAAUUCGACUUUCCCUUUCCCCACUGCCAACAUGACGUCUCCUGCUCCCUGUCAGAUUCCGACCCCAGUCCCACGCGCACACUCUCGCUCCAGCACUCCUCAUUCCAUCAGCCAAAGAGAGGCAGGCGUGGAGCGAGAAGGAGCAGAGUCUCCGCUCUUUCAGUCCAGAUGUUCCUCACCCUUAAAUCUGCUGCAGCUGGAGGAGUCACCAAGCAACCGGUUUGAGGUAGCAUCAGCUUUGGCGUCAGGGCAACAAACCACAUCUCCUAUGGUGGGACAAGGAGGUGGAGCGGGAGGACAGACCUCCUCUAAUCAGAGAGGUUCAGCGUUGGAUUCAAAAGAAAAUGAAAAUGGUGAAGCAAAUGAUUCCAAUCAAGACGCCAUGUCCACCUCCAGUGAUCUGCUGGACCUGCUCUUACAGGAAGACUCUCGCUCGGGCACCGGCUCGGCCGCCUCAGGCUCUGGGUCAUCAGGCACUGGCUCCUCUGGGUCGGGCUCAGGAUCCUCUGGAUCAGGGUCCAAUGGCUGCAGCUCUUCAGGAAGUAGAACUAGAAGCAGUCAGAGCAGCCAUACAAGCCAGUACUUUGGCAGUGUGGACUCAUCAGAGAACAGCCAUUCCCGCAAGCAGACAGCAGAGGGAGAUGGAGAGGCACAGUUCAUCAAAUGUGUCCUACAAGACCCUAUCUGGCUCCUCAUGGCCAACACAGAUGAAAAGACUAUGAUGACCUACCAGCUGCCCAUCCGAGACAGAGAUUCUGUGUUGAAAGCAGACCGCGCUGCUCUGAGAGCCAUGCAGAAACAGCAGCCUCGCUUCACUGAAGAGCAGAAGAGCGAAUUGAGUCAAGUUCACCCUUGGAUCCGCACUGGACGCCUGCCUCGUGCUCUCAACAUUUCUGCAUGUGUGGGCUGUAAGUCCUCUCCUUCGGUCCCCUCUGCGACCCCCUUCGAUGUGGAGAUCCACGAGAUGGAGUUCUGCAGUGUUUUAGAGGUGACAGAGGAGGGCGUCUCUGCUGAGAAACACACCCAAGCAGACACGGCAAUGGAGAAGAGCGAGGCUGAGGGAGAAGAAGAGUCAUGCAAAGACCAGGAGGCUGAGAUUGAUGGGACUAUUAUGACAUCACAAAUCAAUGACCAAGAAAUGAUGAUCGAAGAACAGGAAGUAACCUCACAGAUUGAGGAGGAAAUGGGUGCCUCACUUUCACAGAUGACACACUAAAGACACAAUGAGACAGUGGGAUACUGAUGACAUCGUUUGUGUACUCAUUAAAUUAUCCAGUUUUAUUUAUUUCUAUAAAUGAAUGCUAAUUAGCCAGGAAGGCUGACAGAUGAUGAAUGUAAAGCAGAAAUGCUUUGUUGAAAGACUGUGAUAUCACAACUUCAGGAUAUUUUGGUUAUUGCAAAGAGGUUAUGAUCUGUUAGCAGUCACGAUUUGGCGGGAAAUAAGAGGUACUUAACUUUAGACCACUCUGGAUUUGAUCUCAAGACGCCACCUGUUUAAUUCCAGUUCUUGUGACCCGCAGAAACUUAUUUUGUGGUGUGCUAAACAACUAUUUCAAAUGUUGUCAAAUGGGAUAAGGGCCAUUCAGACAAAAGAUGACAACUGUAAUGAUUACUAUAACUAUAAAAUUUUAAUAAUCUAAUUCUAUGUGAAUUAUCAUUGUAAUCACUUUCAGAAAGAUUUAUAUGAUAAAAACAUUGAUUUAUAAACCAUGUUAUUGUCCAUUGGUGUGGACUUUAAUAUUGUUAUCAUUAUAGUUAUCAUCCUUGGUGUGAACAGGCCUUUAAAAUGUGGUGUUAAGUUGAUUUAGGUCUGUUUUUAGACAGGAGAACAGAUUCACUGCCUUUGAGGACGGUCUAACUGUUUCUCACCUCGUGCUUUUUGACAUUUCCCAAAUGUUAUGGAAAUGUUAUUGCAAUUUUUUUACAGGUAUAUACAGAGUAGGAUUUUUCGACCAAAUUUACACACAAUUUUUAUUUUGAUCGUUCUGUAUAUUUUUUUAUACAUUAUUGGUGCAAAAUUGUCAAUUGUUAAAGCUUGGAUGAAUUGUGUGAAAUGCAUUGCGACUCGGAGAGAAUCAUUGGUCUGUUACAGUUCACCUUCACCACUACUUCAGAUUUAGAUGUCACUACAGUAACUUUCAAAGAGUAUUUGUAGCUCAAGACGUCAUCUUGUAGAGUAGCACUUAGCAAAGGGAAGCUUCAGAGGUCACGACCAGAAAAAGCUGCCACACGUUGCUGGGACGAAAGAGUGGAGUCUUUUAAUGGUACUAUAUGUGAACUGUACCAUCAAAGAGGAAUUCGUUUUGAAGGGAUAGUUUACUCAAAAAUCUUCUUUUGUUUUCCACAGAAGUCAUAAAGGUUUAAAACAACAUGAGGGUGAUUAAUAGAUGACAAUGUUCUUUUCUGAGUAAACUGUCCUAGCAAGGAAUGGGUGAAAAUUGCGUUGGCAAUCAGUUGGAUGCAUUUCGUUUUACCUUUUUUCUGUCAGUUUCAGUCAUGUGCUCUUUGACUUCAAGUUGUCUUGGAACAGUUUGUAAGUAUUUUGUGUAUUUCUUUAUAUAUGAAACAAAUAAAAAGAAUAUGGUUCA